CUUAGCCUCCGAUCAUGAGGACCUUAUUCCACCCAGAAUUUAUUACAUGGUUUUUAAUUUCCACUUUAGCGAUUUGUGAGAUUUGUGCGAAUUCUUUGCCCCAGGAAGAUGAUUAUGAACAUGACGAUGAUGAAGACUUGGGUCUCGAACGACCUGAAAAUCUUGAAGAGCGAACCACAUCGGGACCAGAAAAAAAAGAUAAGUUCUUGAAUCUGAGUGGGUUGAAUACGUGCGGCUUGCGUUCCAUUGGUCAGGAGACUUUUCCCACCAACAAAACUUUCCAAACACAAUUCGGUGAUAGUCCAUGGAUGGCAGCUAUUUAUGCCAAUGGGAUAUAUGUAGCCGCAGCCACUUUGAUUCGAAACGAUGUAGUGAUCACUGCCGCGUAUCCGAUUGAGAACACCCCGGAGGAUCAAAUUUCUGUGGUGGCUGGCGAUUGGGAUCGACUCAGAACGGUGGAGAGCAAACCGCAUUACAGCCGUGGGGUAAAGAGCAUCCUGAUCCACGAGCAGCUGGCCCUCAUCCUCCUGGAUGCCCCGUUCUUCGGCACGCAUAUUUCACCCAUCUGCUUGCCUCUUCAGGAGUCAGUUUUUAUCGAGGAGUCCUGCCGGACCAUUGGCUGGGGACAACCCUCCCAGAGUUCAUCCUUGGCCAACCAAUCGGAUAUCCUGUGGUUCAGGAACUACGCCGUCAUGACCCGUGAAGACUGCCGCGCUGAACUGCCACCGGAAUCGUAUUCCGAUACGAAUGUUCUUUGUGGAGCUGAUUUGUUUAACGAGUUCAGCCCCCACAACGUUGGAGGCGGACUUUUCUGUUUUGUUGGGCGAUACGUCCUGGCUGGACUCGCAUUAUCGGGCAAGGACUGGGAACCAGAUACUAGACCCGCUCUAUUUCUCAACAUUUCCCCAUACGUGCACUGGAUCAAAGAUGAAUUGGUUUUAAGAAACUUUACUCUGUAAAAAGAUUGUAAAAGAUUUUGUAAACAGUAAAACUCAUGAAGGCUUUGUGUCACAUCAUAAGUAAUUCACAGAAAAUAUUUUCAUGUAACAAAUCAAUCAUAAAUUCUUAAAGCCAGAAUUUCGCCCUACACAUGUACUUGAGCGGGAUUAAACGCAAGCAAAUACAUAAAUAACCGCUCUCUUACUGGGAACUGAAACCAAACCGGGUCUGGUUCGCGUAUUAAAAUAGCGGCUGGUGACGAUCUAUCCACAAUCGCAUGCUUAUCACACACUUAUUUUACCGCAUACACGCAUAUCAGCUUUUGUUGAGUUCACGGAACUGAUGACGCAUAACUUUUACUGAAAAAACCGAAACAGCGACGAGAAUGUGAAACUCAAUUCGUUGACCGGGUGCCUUUUUUGCUUUUUCGGUGCAACCGAAAGCUAUUUCAAUGUGCUGGUCGCCUGUUCUAUUAGCAAACUAUUUAAAAUGUUUUAAACUUUUCCAUCCGAAUUGUUGUUAAAUUUUGAUAUAAACAAAAUAAAAACAUACACACCCAGCGGCGACAGGCACUUGUUUAUGAUCGAGGCAGCGGAGCGUAUGCGUUAUAUGUACAAACGUGUGUACGGAAAGCGUACUAAAUUGCCCUUUUGUUGUUGCUCUCCUCGCUUUUUGCCGUCCCUCUCACAUCCAUUGGGAGACUACGGCGUAACGGUGAAUCCGUAAGCUUCUAGGAAAUACGGUAUUAUUUUGUACUAAUUCGAAUAGGCGAGCAGCGUUUAAAAGCAUGGCGAUGUCUACCCACUGAUAAGUGGCAAUAUGACUGAAUCCACACUCGCACACCACCGACAUACGCUCGUUCAUACACCGAUAUGGGUUUGUGUUCAGAUACUGAUUGUGUGCGCACGUGUAUAGAAAUAUAUGUAUAUAUAUGU